AUGUUCAAACUCUUUAACCCAGUGGGUAUUUUAAGACCCAGUCUAGUCAAGACUAAUUUAUUAAGACCAAUCACUAAACCGUCAUCUCAAUUAUGGACUAUCCCCAAUAUUUUAACGUAUACAAGAAUAAUAACAACUCCAUUCAUUGGUUAUUAUGUCGUCAGUGGCCAGAGUAUAACUGCAUUACUGUUAUUUACAUACUCAUGUAUAACUGAUUUAGUUGAUGGAUAUAUUGCCCGAAGAUUUAAUAUGAAGUCAAUUGUUGGAUCAAUUAUUGAUCCUUUGGCAGAUAAAUUUCUCAUGACAACUUGUACAUUAGCCUUAGCAUAUAUCAAUUCCAUUCCAUUAUCAGUGGCAAGCAUAAUUAUUGGAAGAGAUGUGAUUUUAAGUUUCAUGUCAUUUUAUUUGAGAUAUAUGAGUCUUGAUAAACCACGUACCUUCUCCAAAUUUGUAAGCAUUGGUUCAAAUCCAACUAUCAGUGUACAUCCAAACUUACUCGGAAAGUUUAACACAAUGUUACAAAUGGUCUAUAUUGGAAGUUUAGUUUAUCGUCCUUUACUUGAAAGCUUGAUUAGUGAAAACUUAGAUUUAUUCUUUCAAGGAUUUGGUGGACUUGUUGGUGUGACAACUGUUAUCAGUGGGUUGACUUAUGUAUUGAAUCGAAAUUCAUGGAAAUAUGUAAAAUAG